UGAAAAGCGCGUCAUCCAAUCAGCUGGGUUGGUAAAUUAUAGUCGUAUCCCGCCGCCGUUGAUAUUUUUCUUUUGCGUGCUACUACUUUACACUAAUAGUAAUGAAUUUGAUAGCUUUUUACAAGUGAUUUUAUUUUAUUUAUAGAAUAUAAGAUAUAUGACGAUUGCAGAGGAAUUUUAUGAAGCAUUCGUGUCUAUUAGUGCGGUUUAUAACCAUCAAACAUUGCCCAAAAUAUAGUGAAAUGUCGCCAUUUUGACCAACAAUUUGAGACAGCCUCAAAUGGUUAAGGUAGUUCAAAGCACCGGUAAUGAAGCCCUCGCACAGAUAAAAGUGAAACCUAAUACAGUGAAAUUAAUUAAAAUAUCUACAUCUACUGAAGGGAAAACACAGGAAUCUGUCCACAAAGCUGUUGCACUGAAUAACAUUAAAUGUCCUCCAAAAAUCGUACAAAUUCCUAUUGAAACACUACCCCAGAAACCUGAAACAGAGCCUAUUACUGACUACGAAGAAAACCAAGUCAUAAAUCAACAACUUACAGAAUUAAAAUAUAUUGAAACUGUACCAGAUCUAGUACCUAUACAAACAAUACUAAAUCUUUCAAAUACUGAAGCAGUAAUUAAAAAGAAAAAUCUGACAUCUUUUACUAUGUCUCAUGCCUCUAGAAGAAGGCACGAUUCGGAUAAUGAUCCUCCUACGGAAUAUACUACAAAAAGACGUAAACACGCUGAUAAAGUUGGAAAAGGUCUAAGGCAUUUUUCUAUGAAAGUAUGUGAAAAAGUCAGAACCAAAGGUUUCACAUCAUACAACGAAGUAGCUGAUGAGUUAGUAUUAGAAUUUGCGGCUGGCAUGCAUGGUUCAGCAGAUAGUCAACACUAUGACCAAAAGAACAUACGACGAAGAGUAUAUGAUGCAUUAAAUGUUUUAAUGGCUAUGAAUAUAAUAUCAAAAGAGAAAAAAGAAAUUCGAUGGCUUGGUUUACCUACAAAUUCAGUACAAGAAUGUACAUCAUUGGAAAAAGAGAAACAGUUGAAACUUGAACAAAUCCAGAAGAAAACACAACAACUUCAAGAGCUUAUUUUACAGCAUAUAUCAUUCAAAAGUCUGAUACAAAGAAACAAAGAGGCAGAGAACAAGGGUGUGAAGCCAUCACCUUCAUCUGCAAUACAUCUACCAUUUAUUGUAGUGAAUACGAGUGACAAAGCCUUGAUUGACUGUAGUAUUUCUAAUGAUAAGACAGAGUAUAUGUUUAACUUCAACAAAAAGUUUCAAAUUUAUGAUGAUAUAGACAUAUUAAAAAGAAUGGGCCUUUUAUUUGGAUUAGAUAAGGGGAUGUGCUCAGAUGAAGAUAUAGAAAGAGCUAAAAAUAUGGUACCAAAAGCAUUGGAACAUUAUGUGGAACAAAUGGGCAGAGGGGUCAUAUCCAAGUUAUCAAGUAUACUUGAAGAAGAAGAAAUGGACGAUACGGUCGAAGAAGAAACAAUAGAAGGUGAAGGGGAAGCAGAAGACGACGCCGAGGAGCCUGACGGCAACGAUUAUAGUGACGACAGUAGUGACGUCGACGUCUAGCGACCAUGUCCCGCGCUAACGCGCGACUUUAACAAGUACUUUAUGUAUAAUAUUAUUUAGGUGUUAAUUGAAAUGUGUUAAACUUAUGAAAUGUGCUACACUACUUAAGAGUAGGAUAAUGGAGAUCCUAAACUUAUACUAGUGUAACAAACUAUCAAUGUGAGUGUCAGAAAUGGAUCUUUAUGAAAAAAAAAACAAGAAGCAAGGAAGAAACGAAAAGAGGCCAUACAAACAGUAACAAACUGGUCUAUUGUGCAAUUAUACAUACACUUAUGUGACAAUUGUUAAUGAAUUUGUUCUUUACUUUCUCUUUAGUUUUUAUAGGAACAACAUUAUUGCAAAUGCAUAUGUGCAAUCACAACUAAACUUACAAGUUAUAUAAUAAUUAAUUAAAUGUAUUUUACUAUAGAUUUAUUAUUUGUCAAUUACAAAUCUCUUUGGCUCUUUAUGACAUUUGAAUAAAAUAUGACACUGGAAAAAUUAAAAGAAAGUAAUAAUUUGUGUCUGCAGGUUUCAUAAGUUUAGUUGUGUAUUUAGAUUGUUGGUAAAAUGGUAUUAUUUAUGUUAAAAUUAGCUGCUGCAAUUAAUUAUCAAUCUAAUAUUCUUUUGUAAUGACAAAAUAUUUUGUUAUUGAAAUACUGUACAUUGGUAAUGUUGUUAUAAAAACCAGAAAAAGGUAAUUUUUAAUAUACAUUUAAAAUGUUUUUGCAAAUCUCUUAUAAAAUUUUCAUUAGCAUCUGUGUCUACAUAACCGCUUGUCACUAUAUUAAUUGCUUCUAAUUUGACUCUGUAUUUGGUUCCUCAAGAUUAAGCCACUCAAUAAAUAUGCUAUGCAUUAAAACUAUAAAUAACAUCAUUUUAUAAGCAAUCAAGCUAAAUACAAUAUCUUUGGAAAACCUAUUGAAACACCACUUUAACAAUAAAAGAUCAAAUAAUGA